AUGUUUUCACAUUUUUACCUAACAGUUCGUCCUGUGCACAAGAAAAACAGUUUGAGCAGUAAUCAAACUGUCUUGGAAGGUCGUACUGCCACAUUUUAUUGUCUCACGGAAGCAUUUCCCACUGCAACCACAAACAUAUGGUUUAAGGAUGGUAAUGAGAUAUCCAAUUCACAAGAUUUUGAAACUUUGAAAAUUAGCGAUACAGAAAGCAGACUGACAAUCAAGAAUGCUACGAAGGGAAGUGCUGGGCAAUACUCGUGUGAUGGUACAAAUGCAGUAGGAACUGGAGAUAGAAAAUCUGCUUUCUUAUUGGUCAAC